UGACUCAAUUUAUACGGUUUUUUUUGUUUUUCAGGACAAUGUUUUUGUGAAUGUUGUAGCUUCGAUACAAUAUCGUGCUUUGGCUGAUAAGGCAAGUGAUGCAUUCUAUAAGCUCAGCAACACAAGGUCCCAAAUCCAGGCUUAUGUUUUCGAUGUUAUAAGAGCUAGCGUUCCAAAGCUUAAUCUAGACGAUGCUUUUGAGCAAAAGAAUGAUAUUGCCAAAGCUGUGGAAGAAGAACUUGAAAAGGCAAUGUCAGCAUAUGGUUUUGAGAUCGUUCAAACAUUGAUUGUCGAUAUAGAACCAGAUGAGCACGUGAAGAGGGCAAUGAACGAGAUCAAUGCCGCUGCAAGGCUGAGGAUGGCGGCCACUGAGAAAGCGGAGGCUGAGAAAAUUCUUCAGAUCAAGAGAGCCGAGGGUGAGGCUGAAUCCAAGUACCUGUCGGGUUUGGGUAUCGCACGCCAACGACAAGCCAUCGUGGACGGUUUGAGA